ACUAACGGAAAACCCAGUAUCAGAACAAGCGAGGACACAUCUACGAGCCAGAUCUCAAACCCGUCGCCCUUGAUGAAUAUUCUAAUUCCAACAGAGCACGAGCUCUUUUUGCACCAAUCCACGGGGGAGAGGGAAUCAGCCAAUAACAUUUUGAUUGAAGACGAACGCCCUCGAUAAAAAUGAACCGGUGAGGCACGUGGGUAGGUUCAGUCGUUGGGCCAUUUUUGUUCUUGCUUGGGGUUAGAAUGUUUCAGUUAAGAUUAUUUCUGCUGGUUCUGCCCCUUGCCGGAUUUCUAAACUGUCCGUUUUGCUCUUGGAAUGUGCUACCGCAUGAGGGGACACUUAAGUAUUAUAAGAAGUUGUAGUUUGUAAAUGGCGUGCAUUACAAAGAAAACGCACCACGAAUUUUUAGAAAACUUUUUCCGGAAGGUGGAAAAGCAAUAGUUAAACCCCAUCAUCUCUAAAGCAGUUUUAAGAAAAAUACAUUUAAUAAAGUUGCCAUUCAAGUAAUUGUUUCAAAUAACUACCCUGAGACUGGGAUCAUGGAAUGUAGAAAAUGCAGAGUGGAAAAAGAUGCAGAUACAUCACCCAUCCUGAAAGUAUCACAAGAGGCAACAUGUUUCCAAAAAUAUGAGGUUGAUAAUACCAGUAGUAAUCUUCAAAUGGGAGCUGAGUAUUCCAUUUCAAGCCAGUCGUGUUACUUAAGUGCCUCACUUUUAAACUUAUCAAAAGAAAACCUAAUUUCAUCAGGCAAAGAAGAAUGUAUGUAUAUCCAAAAACAGCAACAAAAUACUUCAAAUGCAGUAGAAACUACAAAUGAAAGAAAUAUUAAUACAGAUUUCUGCUAUUUUAAGAAUAAAAGUGCAAACAAAUGCAAUUAUUUUGAUGAUAACCCUCAGUCAGAAUAUCAUAGUGUUGAACAGGAUUAUGUUGAUAGUGUCUGUUCAUAUAGGCAGAAAACAGAUAAUUCAGAAAUUUUUCAAGUAAAGAAAAUGAUAAAUGAAAAGAAUGUUACAGAUCAUCAACAGCCAUUUUCCACAUCAGGUUGUGAACAACAUUACAAUGGCAAUGAAAUAUCAAUAUUCCCCCAGAUGUUUCAAGAUGUCAAUUAUACAGAAAACCAGCAUAUAACCUUAGGUGAAAAAAGAAAUGAGAGUCUUAGCAUGUUUUAUAGUAUUGUUGAAGAUUCAACUCAUAUUAAGGUUAAUAAAAAAAAGAAUAAUUCAAAAUUAUUUUUAGCUAACAAAGCUGAGAUAGAAGAAAAGAUUAAAGUAAAAUUUCUUAGUGAUACCACACUGAAAUCUGUUACUGCUACUACUAAAGAAAUACUUAAAACAAAUGAUUAUCUAAACAAAACUGGAAAUCCAAACAUAUACCAGGAGACAACGUUACUACCUUUUUCUCAGGUUUCUCAUAAUGCAGAAGAUUCAAAUAUAUGUGCCCACAAACCAUCAGUUAUCGUUAAUAGUGAUAUAAAGAACUCUAUCUACAGUUCCUGUGAACAUCAUGGAAAUUACAUUGAUAAUUUUUCUAGUACAGAAUUGAAAUGCAUCACAAAUACAUAUCACGAAUCUUGUAACAAUCUUAAAAGUGCAAUUAACCAAGCUAUUGAUGCAACUGCUGACUUUAGAGCUAAUUUUACAACAAGUCGUGCUAUUAAUGUUAAAAGUUCAAUGGCAUCUAAGGCACAAAACACUGUGAUAACAAUGAUGAGUAAAUGUAGGCCCAGGGAAUGGUUGGCUCCAGAAAUAAUGCCUGUAAUGGCUGACUAUAGAAGUGUUGCCUGCAAUACAGACUGGUCAUGUAUCUCUGGCAAUGUGGAGAUGAUUGACUCACAAGUAGCAAUAUCUGAUACGUUGGAAGAUUGUAUUACUAAUGGUGCUACAAAACAUGGAUGGAAAUCGAAAUCUGAGGAUCCUUUGGAAUGGAGUAAUAUCACUAGCAAAGAUUUGAAUGAAAUUCCAUACAGGAUGAUGCAACUAUCAAAAGAAAGAAAUUGUUUGCCAAACUGUUGUAAAGAAACAUUACAGAGAGCCAUCAAAGCUGAAAUGCAGAUUUUAAAACUUCGUUAUCAGAUGUUUUAUCAGCACUGCUGGCAGAGUUGCAGAAUUUUUAUGAAAGAAAAGGAAAAUAUAAGCAGUUCACCACUUGGAACCAGUAAAUCGGUGUCAGAAAUGUUAUUGUCACAAGAUAAUGAAGUACCUUUCCUGCACUUAAUUACAUCUCAAAAGAAUGAAAACAGUGAUUCUCAUCAGUGCCUUUCCAAGAUGGAGGAGAGAGAAAAUAGUCUUGAAGAGAAAAAUUCACGUGUUCAGUCCUUCAUUCAGUGCAGUGGCCAGGAACAGCAGAGAUCCAGUGAGAAAGGUUCUUUAAAUACACAAGAAAUCAGCGAAGAGUGGUUUGAUGCUACAGAGAACCCAACAACACUUGAGUCAUCAGUUUUGUGCGCCGACCCUCUAGAGAGCUCUCCAACAGAAACACAGACAAUAGACGGGAGGAAACAUUUUUUGAAAAACAAUUAUUUUGUCCAUGUUGAUGGUCUGAGUCCUUCAGUAUCAGAAGUUGAUCUUUGGCUUCAUUUCCAGAAGUAUAACAUUUCUGAGGUUUUGGUUUGUGAGUAUUCUGAAAAUUACAGAUAUGCAUCUCUUAAUUUUAAAACAGCCUGCGAUGCGAAACUGGCUGUGAAAGAAAUGAAUGGGAGAGAAAUAAAAGGAAAAGCAAUGAAAGUUCAACUUAAAAGGACAAUUAAGGAAAAAGGAAUCCAAGACAAUCAAAACUGUAUGAAACAAAAGUGGGAAAAUCCAAGGCCACUUUCUAAACAUAGAAACAAAUAUCAGAAAAACUCUGAUCUGAUUUUGGAAGUUCCUGCUGUAAUCUCAGCUACAUUCAUACUGCCUCCAAAUGAUCCUUUCUCUUUAAAAACGUCUGAUGUCUCCAAAGAUGAUUUGAAGUCACCGUUGCCUGCUUUGCCAUUGGCAAAUGUUUUCAGACCUGCCUCUUCAGAAGUGCUCCUUUGUGUUUCAGGCUCUUCCAAAGUAUCCAAUUCUGACACUUUAUUUUCUAAAUCUUUACCAAAAGAAUCAUCCUUUGAAGUAGAUCAAGAGGAUACUGCAGACAGCCUCUUGCCAUUUAGCUCAGUACAGUAUACUCCAAAUCCAUCAUCUACUUUUUUACCUCCAAAUACAUUAAACUUAAGGAGUUUCCGCAAAGUAGUAAAGAAACUGGAAGAGUUAUAUCCAGAGAUUACUAGAGACAACAUUUUGGAUGCUUUAGUAGAGAUAAAAGAAAACAAGGGUCAGCUUAGCGGUUUGCCCUUAAGCACAAUUGUUCAAAUGACUUCAUCUCUCCUGAAUAAGAAAUUUGCUUCAAAAUCAGAAAAAAAGUAAUCUGAGAAAUAAACAAACACUUGUGGAUUUCCUGAUACAUCGUUACAGUUUACAGUCAUUUUACUUUAUCUGUAAUGAAGCCACAUUUGCAGAAUUGAAACAAUCACUUGAAGUGUAUUGAAAACGGUGAGCUUUCUACAGCAUUUGAAUUUAAAUAAGAAUAAAAUAUUAAUUAAUUUAUCAAUUGACUUGAUAAAAAAUACCUGUUUUCACUGUUUAUAUUGUAGUUUAUAAGAACUAGGAAUUGUAAGAAAUGACCUAAUCCUUGCUUCAAACUCAAAAUCCAUUCUUUUUUUUAAUCAUAUGUUGCUAACUACUGUAAAUAUUAAAAAUAAAUGAAUCUUGUGUGGUUAAAAUGUUUAAUUGCAAUCUAAAUAGUUCUAUUGUAGUAUGAUUUAUUAACUGAAUUAAUUCAAUUCUUACUGAAGUGAUGAAUCCCAUUUCUUUAAAAAAUGUAUUCAUAUGAAAUAAAGAUUUUCAACAAGUAUAUGAUUUUUUUCCUAACUCAUUGAAUAAAACCAGUCAAAAUGUAGCACAUUUAAACGUAUGUUUCAUAGAAGAUGUAUUCAAUGUAUUUUAGAUUUUAAGUUCACAAGUUUAAAAAUUCAUUUUGACAAGAUCAUUUCCAGCUGCUGUUUUUAAGAUAGAUCUGUAAUAGGGCCUUAUUCAACUGGG